AGAGCUUAAACACCCCCCACACACACACACACAGCGCAACAGUCGGUCUCACACACCCAUCAACUUGCACUUUUCUCUCUUAUUCACUGGCGAGCUGUUUGAAGAUGAGGUAUGCGUGUGUUUGCUCCAUGCUGCCGUCUGCAGCGGUUCUUAUGCUCACUUUUUCAUUCACCUUCGGCACUCCGUCCAUAUACAGUUUAUUCCAAGGUGCCUCGUAUUCCAGCUCGGUCCCUAAACAACGCGGCAAAAACUGGUGUGCCUUCAUAGUGCACAAGAACGUGACGUGUGCUGUGCUGGGAGUGACGGAACAUGUGGAGUCUGACCAUGCACCCUGUCCUGAACAUCAGCCCCAUUGUUUUCAAACUGGAAUAUACCGCGUUCACGCAAGACCAACAUACAAGGUGGGCUACAAGCAGGUGACUGAGCUGGAAUGGAGGUGUUGCCCAGGUUACCAUGGUUAUGACUGCAUGCAGCUCAAGGAUGCUCCAUCACCUUCUCAUAUUCUCCAGGAACCACAACCAGAUCUACCAUCUGCCAACAAACCAAAACCGAGUGUCCUUGGACCAGAUGUUUCCUCUGGUGCUCAUGUUUGGACACAACCUGGACAAAGUGGACAAACCAGGCACCCUUGGAAUGAGGAUAGAGAGUCUGGAAGACAGGGGAGUCAAUAUGAUGGUCAUCGAGUUCAAGAGUUAGAAGAGGAAGUGCAUCGUCUUUCUCAAAAAGUCCUUGACAUGCAGGCUGCCAUGACUACUGCCAAUGCUAACUUGCGUCUAGAUCUGCAAGAAGAUGCAAGCAAGAUAAUCCUGAACCUACUUAGCCAUCUGGGACAACCACAAGAUGCUCUGACUGGAGACACUGAAAGCAUUACACUGCCCUCAGACACUUUAAUUUCUCCAGUUCCUGAGGAGCUUCAGAACCAGGUCACCCACCUUUCCAAUACAAUCGACACCAACACCAACACCAUUCAGGGUCUGGAGGCUAAGCUCAAGCAGAUUGAAGUCCAGGUGAACCAGCUAAAAGAGGCAGCUAGUGGUACCCCGGUUCCACUUCCUUCCUCUACCUUGGCCAUUGAGUGUCCAUGCCAGGCUUACAUUGAUGAAAAAAUUCAAGCCCUCCGUGUGGAGCUGAUGGAAGGAAUGGACAUUAAGAUGGCUGAUUUGAAGAAGUCCUGUGACUACAAAGUGGAGUCAAUCAAAGAGCAGUGUGAGGAACAGGAAACCACCUACCUAAGUCUUACUGAACUCAUUGAAUCCAAAGAGGCUGACCUGCACCAGGAAAUCCAGAACCUGAUGCGCCUUGUUUCAAACAGCACUUCUAAAGGAUUGGCAGAUGCACAGUUUCAAGUUGAGAUCCAGAACCUGAAGAAUGCGCAUCAGAGCUUGUCUAAUGCUGUAAAUGCAGCAAACAAGCAACAGAAGGCUUUCGAGGAGGCACUGAACACAAGGUGUAGCCUAGCAGAAAAGACUGCAGAAAACCACUGCCUCAAACUUGAGGAAAAGUUAAGAAAUGAGUGGGCAAAGGAACAGGAGGCACAGAAUAAAACUCUGGAGAGCAAGGUUAGUGAAGUUUUACAGGUUUUGGGAGAUGUGCAAUUACACACCAUAUCAACAGAUAGCCAAAAUAUAUUAGAGAUGGGAAAACGGACACAGAGUCUGAAAGGUGAGGUGGGCUCUCUUAUGCAGCAGGUUGCGCAGUUGGAGAGCUUAGUCCGAAUUCUCAAUGAGUCCAUAAGCCAUCAAAGUCAUAUGGAUGGUUUGUAUAACAAACUGGGUGAAGUGGAGGAAGCUUGUGGGAGGAACCAAGAAUCAGCGAACAAAGUGGAGGAGAUAUUGUCUGGAAUGGAUGACCGGGUGGCAAAUGUUGAAAGGGUCUGUGGCAGAUUGGAGCCAAUGUCGGAUAGUCUGAAGAGAAUUAAAGAUGGACUCAACAAGCAUGUCAAUGGCCUCUGGAACUGUGUCAAAAAGCUCAACAGCACUGUCCUCACUCAUUCUGCAGACAUCAGCACACUGAGGGAAAAUACACACACCACAGUGGGCAAACAGCAUGGAACCGCCAACAUGUCACAAUAUACAGGUCCAGGUGCUCGUUCUGGUAUGGAGGACUCUAGUGUUCUCAUGGGGAAAGCUACUCCAGUUUUAGAGUCUGGAGAAGCAGGGCCACCUGGAACCAAACUUUCAUCACAUCCACCUCAGGGCAGCAAUGGCAGUAAGACACCUGUUAAGGGCUAUGCUUCAGCUCCAGGCUUUUCUCCAUUGUCCCCGGUCUCUGUUACUGCUCAUAUUCUUCCAGGCCCUAUGAGUGUAAGUGUUCCUGUGUCCUUUUCGGCUGGUCUGACCAUCUUCCCAUUCUCUGAAGAGGUUGGCAUCAUCCGCUUCAACAGAGUGCUGCUGAAUGAUGGAGGCCACUAUGAUCCACAUACAGGUGUGUUCACUGUGCCAACUGAUGGCCGGUACCUGUUGAGUGUUGUGAUAAUGGCCCUGAAAGGAGAGCGAGUGGAAGCAGUCCUGUCAGUGGCCAAUCGUAGCAUCCAGAAGCUCGACACAGCUGGAGCAGAGGGUGUGGCCUCUACAGAGUGUCUCUGUGGAGGCUCUGCCUCUGCCAACCUCGUCCUUGAUCUUGGACAAGGUCAGAAGGUGGGGGUCGUAAAGACAUCAGGAACUCUGGCAAUUUCAGCAUCCACUGAGGUUCUUUCCACAUUUAGUGGAGUUCUGCUUUAUCCCAUGCCAGCUAAAAGAUAACACAAAGCUAAGAGAAUGCAUCGUUAGUAUGACUUCAUUCUUGGAGUGCCAUAGCAAUGUAGAAUGCAAGUAGCGAUGCCAAUAACAAUGCAUCAAGGUAGUGAUCAGGUUUUAGGGGUAUGUUUUAAAGAGGUUCAAUGUCAAUAUGUUAACCUUUAAUGUAAAUGUUAAAUGUACUAUACCACUAUGUUUUCAGUUUUGGUAUACAUUUAACACCACAAUUCUUAAGCUUCUAACAAAAAAAGAUAAGACAUUUAAAUAAAAAUAUGGAUGAGGAUAAUCCAAUCAGAUGGUGUCAAGAAUCUUCCAAAAGUGGAAACAAAAACAAUGACAAAUUUGUACACAAGAACAGGGUUGAGAUUAAACUGAAUCAGUCUUGCCAAAUACAAAUGUGCGUUAUUGGUUUCACAGACCAAAUGUCUACUGUUAUUUGGAAACCAUGAUUAUCAAAGUUGUUUGUCUCUGUGUGUCAGCCCUGCGAUGACCUGGCGACUUGUCCAGGGUGUACCCCGCCUCUCGCCCAUAGUCAGCUGGGAUAGGCUCCAGCUUGCCUGCGACCGUGCACAGGAUAAGUGGCUACAGAUAAUGGAUGGAUAGAUGGAUGAUUAUCAAAGCUUAUGUUAUCAAAUGAAACUGUUAUCAUCAGCACAAAGCAGGACCUCAUAGCAAUGGAAUGUUGUACAUUCCCAUGGGGUUUUGUUUUCGGGUAUCCAAGUGCCCUUUUUUUUUUUUAAGCUGUUCAUUAAAUGUAUUGAUAUCUUGCUUCACUAAAUAUGUGCAAAUAAAAUAUUAGGUUUGUUCUUGUUUAAAUAAUUGCCACUAGAUUUUUUUUUUUUUAAUUCUUCAAAUAUGUGUUCCAUGAAGGACCGAGGCUUGAACAUGCUAGUUUUGAAGAUACAGUAAUUUUUCACAGUGAUGGCACCUGGAUUUUAUUUAUAGAAAUAAGCCAGGCAAUAUUUGUGUGUGGAGAAAACUUGUUCUAUAAAAUCCUGUGUUUCCAAAGUUUUUUUUUUUUCCUUUUUUUUAAUUACUCAAACAAUAGAUUGUAAACAUCAGUACAAUUCAUUUAUACAUUAAUACAUUUUCAUUUAUAGAUGAUAAUUGUGUGUGGGUGUGUGGAAGUGUAAUAGAAUUUU